AUGUCCAAUGAACGAAUUCCUGAUAAUUUAAUUCCUCCUUUAAGAUUUACAACAAUUCAAACUAAUUUAUAUCGAGGAGGAUAUCCUCGAGAAGUUAAUUUCCCAUUUUUAGAAACCCUUGAAUUAAAAACAAUAAUAUCAUUAACACCAAAUCCAAUAACCCUGGAGACUGAUCCUAAAUUAUAUGAAUUCAUUCGAAAACAUUCUAUAAACUUAGUUCAUCUAGAAUGUGCUCCUGCUGGUAAAGGUAAGAAAAGAGGUGUCCCCUUAGAUUAUCAUAUAAUUUUAACCGCUAUAAAUUAUAUUAUUCAUAAUAAAUAUCAACCAAUUUAUAUUCAUUGUUUAAAUGGAGGACAAGUUACAAGUUUAUUAAUUGCAUGUUUAAGGAAAUUACAAUUUUGGUCUUUAAUUUCAAUCUUUAAUGAAUUUAUUCAAUUCACCGGGAAUAUUACUGUUAAUGAUCGUAAUUUUGUCGAAGGGUUCAAGGGAGAUAUUAUAAUUGAUCCAAAUGAUAAAGUAGAUUGGCUAUGGGAAGGGGUUAGUAAACAUAUAAUUGGAACUCGUCCAAAAUUAAAAGUUAUCGAAAGUAAAAUAUACUAG